AUGGACAUCGCUGACCGGUAUAAAAUUGACAUUUCAUAUUCACAGGCUUGGCGGGCAAGAAACUGGGCUUUAAAUUCAUUGAGAGGCUCACCAGAGGAAUCAUUUAUGCUCUUACCAGAUUAUUGCUAUAAUUUACAACGCACUAAUCCGGACACUGUUACAGCUAUUGAAACGGACGAUGACCAUCGAUUUAAAUAUUUUUUCAUAGCAUUAGGAUGUUCUGUUCGUGCAUUUAGGGAAUAUCUCCGACCUGUUAUUUGCAUUGACGCUGCUUUCCUUAAAGGUCGAUAUCUAGGUCAUUUAUUUUUUGCGGUGGGCUUUGAUGGUAAUAACCAAAUAUACCCCAUUGGUUUCGGUGUCGGUAAAAAAGAAGAUCACGACACGUGGUGUUGGUUUCUCAAGAAGAUUAAAGAAUGCAUCUAUGAUCUCUCCGAGUUGGUGAUAAUCUCAGAUCGACAUCAUGCUAUAUACUCUGCAAUGGCUGAAGUCUUUCCAGAUGUUCACCAUGGAUAUUGUUGUCAUCACCUUUUAUGUAACAUGCGGGCAAAGUACAAACGAGACUCAAAGGUUACAGGUGCGUAUUGGAAAGCCGUGAAAUCAUACACAAAAGUAGAAUUUGAGGCUACAAUGCAAUCUCUUGAUUCGAUGAACCUUCAAGUUGGGGCUUAUCUACGUGAGAUCGGAUUUGAGUGUUGGACCAAAGCAUACUUCCCGGGGCAACGAUACAACAUCAUGACAACUAAUAUUGCAGAGUCAUUUAACGCUUUUGUCAGACAUGCACGGGGCCUGCCUAUCACAAUACUCGUCGAGUUCAUUCGUAGUACUAUGCAGCGAUGGUUUUACGAGAGGAGAAACCAUGCAAAUGAAUGUCCUAACUUUAUCACCCCUUGGACGGAGGAGAAGAUCAGUCGUCGUCUGUCAAAGUCUACACGUUUGAAGGUUCAACCAAUUACACCUACUCGGUAUCAGGUUGUUAGUUUUGGUGGAUACAUGAGUAUUGUGGACUUCGGUGAAAUGUCUUGUACAUGCAGAAAGUUUCAGCUUUCACAUAUUCCUUGUAAGCAUGCCAUUGCUGUUGCACGACACAUGAGGCUCACAAAUGUCAAUGCAUGGGUUCAUCCGUUCUUUCGCACCGAUCUCUACCGUGCAAUAUAUCAAGACCUUGUUAACCCUCUUGGAAACCAAUCAGAAUGGUUGCCUUCACCAGAAGAAAGAGUUGUUUUGCCCCCUGUUAUUGAUAAUCAUCGUCCAGGUCACAUUUCUAACAAAAAUCGAUGUCCUUCGUAAGGGGAAAAUGUUACACCCAAGAUUUACAGUCGUUGUCAUGAAUCAGGACAUGUCCGAACCCAAUGUAAAAGCCUAACACCAGUCCCGAGCUUCGCCCUACAGUGUUCAUCUAGAAAAGGUAAAGGGUCGAGAUCUUGACAAGCUUCUAUUUAGUUUUGUUAGUUAUAUGAUUCAUCAUUGUUAUAUUUCAGUGAUAUGUAACCGAUGUAUUUUCAUUAUUGUUUCAAAUAUGUAAUUGUAAUCAUAUGUGAUGUAAUAACUUUA